AAAAAGUAUACGAGGUUCUAUCACAACUAUGAUUUCCCAUAUAUUGUUGGUAUAAUGCGAGGCGUACAGUUCUUAUGCUGUGUGUCCCAAAUUCUCAUGAUUUACUGUGAAUCUGGAAGUGUGAAUAUGGUCUAUUUCGUUAUUUAUAACAUUUUAUGUGCGAUGUACACUAUGCAUAUUUUGAGGCGAUGGUACUAUAAUAUUGAUGGAAGAUUUGAUUUGCGUCAGUUAAUAAGAGAGCCGGAAUACACAGUGAAAGUACAGUACUCGAUAGCACUCUUCACGCCAACAGUUCUGAGCAUCAUGCUGUACACGAAUGUUGAACUAUACGAUGGCUUGAUUCGGUUCUUUUGGGCUUUGGCUUGCAUUUGUGAGAUUUUGCUAGCUUUUGGAUUGCUUGUGUUCGAAGCCUAUGAAGUUUUUGCAAUUGGCAAUUGA